GGUGAGCUAAGGAUCCAGGGCUAAGCUCAGCCAAGAGAACAGUCAGAACUCCAGAGAUUCCAGGAAAUACCUGGAUGCUGUUCAGGUGGUCAGAGAGCAUCCACGGGGCCACAGGGAAUCAGGCAGCAAAGUGAAAUAAAGGAAUUAGUUAUGAAAAUGCUCUUUGAAUGUCUUUCUUAUAAAACAGUGGCCUUAAUUUUCCUCAUUCUGUGCUAUUCUUAAGUCUAGAUUAAUUAUAGAACAGCACCUCUCAAAAACAGUUCAGUAGAAUAAUAUCUGUUCUUUGACUUUAUAAACCUGAAGACCUCAGAGAGUUUGAAGAAUUUGCCAAGUGUAUGUUACUGAGCCAGUUUACAGAAUUAUUAGCAAUUACUCUGUCUGUGAUUACAACAUUUCACAGUAUCUAAAAACAGACAGAAAAAACAGUUUCAAAGAAGUCAAUUAUGGUUGUUUUGGCACAUAAGGGAAAUGUAGUCCUGGACCCUGAGCCAUCCUCAAAACUUGUAAACAUCUCUGCUCCUUCAAAAUGUUUUAUUUUUCUUCCCAAUAAGCUGAAACAAGCAGAUAAACACACCUUGUUUGUACCUCUUAUUUUUUUUUCCUCUGCAAGGCUGAGCAGAUUUUCACACCUCCAAAAUCCCUGUUGGGUUUUGUUUCUCAGGGAACUGUUUUUAGCAUGGCUUGGUUUUGUCCACAUGUUCCAAAUAAAUCUGCUCAGCAGCAGAAAAGAUGAUUUAUACAAGAAAACAUGAAUUUGGAGAGGACUUCUGACCACAAUCAAAGCCAGGGUGAGGUGCCAAGUGUGCAGUGUCCCCUCUGCAGCUCUCGUUUCCCUCUCUGCUGCAGUUGCCAGGCUCUGUGUGUGCGACCUGCUGGUGGCACAGUGCGACACCAACUGCUGCUGUGACCCCGACUGCAGCGCCGAGGACUUCAGCCUCUUCACCACGUGCUCCAUCCCCGUGGUCAUGGGUGACAGCCAGCUGUGUAGUCAGAAAGCUGCUGUGUAUUCUCUUGAUGUUGAAGCAAAUCCACCAGAAAGGAUAUUUAAAAUAAUUGACCAAGUCAAUCCCAGUAUUUUCUGCAUUCAUGCUACAAACUAUGAACAAGCCCUGUACUUCAAAUCCCCUGAAAUCCCAACUGCAGAGAAUUUUGAUGAGUUGCUUGACAAAUUUGGAGGUGCAACUUUCAGUGCUGAGCCUGACAGCUGGAAUUUGGAUACAGAUGCUCAAAAUCCCCCUGAGGCAAAUGAAACUUCCAGAUAUGAGUAUGGGGUUCCUGUCCAGACAGAGGAUGCAUUUCUGAGGCUGCCAAGUCCUGUUGUCUCUUCUUGGUGCUCUGAUGCAAAUCCUGCAGGGUUUUUAGUAAACCAAGCCACAAAAUGCAUUAGAUCAGUAAGUGUGGAAAAAUGUGACAGCAUUCAAGCACUUAGCAUGUUGUUUUAUAUCAACUCCAGCAUUUUGGCAGUGCCCAAAUCAAGUCAGAUGGUGAAUAUCACUGUCCAGUCCAUAGUUGUCCAGUCUGUGAAUGGAAUGAGGACUUUACUGAGCAGCAGUGAAGCCCUGAGGCUCCCCAUGGUUUUGGAUGGGCUGUGCAUCAAUGCAGUGCUUGGGGUGAAUUAUCACAUUACCCACACAGACACAGGAGAAAUAAUAGAAGCAGCUGCAGCUUUUGUCUUGGGGGCAAUUAGCAGAGAAGCACUUUCAAUAGAGCAGAGCUUCGAAAUCAGCUUCACUCAGGAGAACACACAGCCAGUUCCUCUGAGUGGCAAUCCUGGUUAUGUUGUUGGGCUGCCUGUCAGAGCAGGAUUCCAGCCUCAAGGAUCUGGCAUCAUUCAGAGUAGUAACAAACACAGCCAGCUCACCAUUCUGCACAGCACAUCCACCCAGGACUGCCUGGCAGCACAGGGAGCCAGAGCCCCAGUAUUAUUUGGUUAUAAUAUGAUAUCAGGCUGUAAGUUACGAAUUACAGCAGCUAUGACAUGCCAGCCUUUGGCUCAGACUCUCCUUGAUGUGCUGAAGGGCCAAAGCUUUCCUGAGUUCGUGGCCUCAUUUGGGAAUUCUCAAGCCCAGGAUGUGCUUGACUGGGUGCCAAUAACUCAGCUCCACAUCUCAGAACAGAGCUCAUGCCAAAUACCUGUGUCACUGGGAAUAGAAAUAAAGUGGACUAAAUAUGGAUCCCUGGUCAAUCCCCAAGCCAGGAUAGUGAAUGUUACAGCCACAAUCACGAGCAGCACACUGAAGCAGCUUCCCUCAGGAAGAGAAAGGAUUAUUCCUGUAACAAGUUCUGUGGUUUUCACUGACAUUUCUUCACCUGCAGAGCCAAGCUACAAAGCUUGGCCCACCAUUAACAUCAAGUUACCCUUUGACUUUUUCUAUCCCUUUGUCUAAGCUCUUUUGAUCCAUGGAUUUAUGAGCUGUGGGAACAAAGAACUUUGCAGCCCCAUGGGCUGUGAGGGAACAGGAGUGAAAAGGGAAGAGGAGAUGAGGAAAUGCAGAAUCAGAACUGCAUUUCUGGAUCUGCUGCUGGAACAAGGCAUUGUUUGACGUAAGAUGGCACACGUUUGCCUCUAUUUUGGGGCUGAUUUCUUUGUCAGGGAAAGGAGUGGUGUGUUGGUGUUUCUGAAAUGAAUGUUAUAUAAAUAACAAAGUGGCACAAGCAGCAACAGAAAUGAGGAAACUACCAACAGUGUGAGAAGAAUGGUUGGCAAAGAGAUGUAUUGAUGAUGAGCAGGCAGCUGGUGGAGAAGAAAUUACCUUUUCAGUCUGGGUUGUUACCAUUGGUACUGCAAGUUUGCUGCAAAUAAAGAAUGUUAUCACAGAAAAAAAGAGAAAUUAUUUAAAAUAAGUGGUACUUUUCUGGAUGUAUAGCUUGUAAAGAUGUGUCUUUAUUAAAUUAUUUUUCAGUUUUGACUGUACAACUGUACAAGAAUGGAAAAAAAAAUUGCUGUUUA